GAGCCGUGACUCGUCAAGUCUCCGCAUUUGCCGUUUUGGUGCAGCAGCGACUGCCGCUCAUUGACGCGUUGAACUGUGUUGUUGCCUCAUCAUAUCAUAUUGUGCGAAACGCAAAAUCUGCAAUCGCGAAAUGAAAAUUUUUACUUUGUUGGCCUUAAUGGCCUAUUUUUCGAUCAGUGAAGGAUUCACCAAUGUUUAUCCAAAAUUAAAGCAAGUACCACUGCGUGCUGAUGAUGACGUUGGACCUCCACUGUUUUUAACUCCUAUGAUAGAGGCCGGUGAGAUCAAAGAGGCCCGAAAUGCAGCCAUGGUGCAACACAAAGAUAUGGCUUUGAUGAUGGAAAUCAGCAGUUAUUCUGGCUACUUUACCGUUAAUAAGGAAUAUAACUCCAACAUGUUCUUCUGGUUUUUUCCUGCACAGAUGGAACCUAAGAAUGCACCAGUUGUUUUAUGGCUUCAAGGUGGACCGGGUGCAACUUCUCUGUUUGGGCUUUUCACUGAAAAUGGUCCCUAUAGUGUUACGAAAAAUCAAACUCUUCAACGCAGAAAAUACUCUUGGAAUUUAAAUCAUAAUGUCAUUUACAUUGACAAUCCUGUGGGUACAGGAUACAGUUUCACUGAUGAUGACAAGGGAUAUGCUGUUAAUGAAACAGAUGUUGGCAGAGAUGUCCAUACAGCUUUGGAACAGUUUUUCUUACUUUUCCCUGAAUUACGAGCUAAUGAUUUCUACGUCACUGGGGAGUCAUAUGCUGGAAAAUAUGUUCCUGCAGUUUCACAUGCAAUUAAAGAUUACAAUAUCAAAGCCAAGUUGAAAAUAAAUCUCAAAGGUCUUGCCAUUGGUAAUGGUUUAACUGAUCCUAUGAAUCAGCUUUAUUAUAGUGAUUAUCUGUAUCAAAUUGGCUUACUUGAUUUCAAUGGCAGAGAUCAAUUCAAGCAAUUGGAAUCACAAGCAAGAGAAUUGAUCAAGCAAGAAAAAUAUAUGGAGGCAUUUGUCGUAUUUGAUAGGCUGAUUGAUAAUGAUUUGACACCAGAACCCUCAUUGUUUAAAAAUUUAACUGGUUUUGACUUUUAUUUUAAUUAUUUACAUACAAAAGACUCUGAAGCAUCAGAUAGAUUUGCAACAUUUGUGCAAAGACCAGAUGUUCGCAAGGCUAUACACGUUGGAAAUUGUUCAUUUGACACAGAAGCUAAAAAAGUUGAAACUCAUUUGCAAGAGGACAUUACAAAAUCAGCAUCAUUUUUUGUAUCUGAUUUGCUUCAACAUUAUAAAGUAUUAAUAUAUAAUGGUCAGUUGGAUAUUAUUGUAGCUUAUCCAUUAACUGAAAAUUAUCUUCAAAAUUUGGAAUGGCCUGGAGCCAAAGAUUACAAAGUAGCCAAGAGAAAGCAAUGGUGGGUGGGUAAGGAAUUAGCUGGCUAUUCUAAGAUUGUACAUAACUUAACUGAAGUACUUGUGAGAAAUGCUGGUCACAUGGUACCUGCUGAUCAGCCGAUGUGGGCAUGGGAUCUCAUAACACGUUUUACGCGUAACAAACCAUUUUAGUAAAUAAAGCCCUAUGAAACAAAUAUUUUGUUACCAUAAUUUACAUGUAAAAGAAGCAUGAAGCAUGAAGCUGUAUAAGAGUUAUAUGUUGAAUGAAUUAUGUGAUUGUAUAAAAUAAGUUGAUGACACUUUUUGAAUUUCUAUUAAAUGUUUAA